CUGCAGGCCAUGAUCGUUUUAAUCUUUUUUGCUGGCCAGACUCACCCCUAGUCGCUCUUUUGCUUGGUGAAUACUGCUUCUUGUCUCCUUUUUUCCUACCCCAGAAGCUACUUCGUCGCCUUCUUCGAUUCUACAUCUUCUUUUUCAUCUUCUCGUCUGGAGGCCCGGCGCCGCUACUUCAAUGGAAUAUGGGGCCUGAUCAGCAUGCUCAACUGGAUGGCUUCAGUCUCUUUCUUCCUUUUCCCUAUCGUGUGGCGGUGAUCUUGGUGGCAGGAUUCUGGGGUUGGGGUGCCAAUCUUCAAUAUCUCCACAAGUUCAAUAUUAACCUCCCAAGGCUAAUCCGAUAUCCCGAUCGGUCUCCGAAUCAACGACCGCACCAUACCUCCGCAUACCAUUUAGCCACCCUCCUGUCGAUCCCUUUGUUGCUCUCCCUCCUCAUAUUUUGGCCGGUUACCCAUGGGUCUAGGGAAUGGGUCGAGUCGGUGGACUUCAUCCCGCAGUCAUACCUCUUCCUUUUCUUCGUCCUCUUGAUUCUCCCAUUCAACCGGCUCUCGCGCUCCGGACGACAUCGAUUUCUCGUCACACUUCGCCGGAUCAUUAUUGGUGGGCUGGCGGAAGCACAGGAUGGCAAAUUCGGAGAUAUUCUCCUCGCGGAUGCUCUAACCAGCUAUGCGAAGGUCCUCGCAGACCUUGCGAUAACAUUUUGCAUGUUCUUUACCCCGGAGGUAUCUAGCACAUCGAAGCCAACUCGAAAUUGCGGGUCGGAUUAUAUGGCCCCCCUAAUAAUCGCCAUUCCCAGUGCUAUUCGACUGAGGCAGUGUUUGAUCGAGUACUUGCGUGUGCGCCGAAGCGGGUUUAAGAAUGAUAAUAAGGGUGGUCAGCAUUUGGCCAACGCUUUGAAAUACGCAAGCGCAUUUCCGGUCAUCAUUCUCUCGGCUAAAUUAAGGAACUAUAGCCCAUUUCUCUUCUAUGACAUCAGUGAGGUGUUUCUCUCACGACUACUAUACUUCUUCUCCUUUCUUAACUCCUCCUACUCCUUGUACUGGGAUAUCACCAAGGAUUGGGACUUGACCCUAUUUACCGAAUCGCGAAAUGACAACGAAUACCCGUUUGGAUUACGACGCAACCGCUGUUUCACUGAUCGACAGUACUACCUCGCAAUUUCCAUCGACUUUGCCCUUCGCUUUUCUUGGGCUUCAAGAUUCGUGCCAGGACUCACCUGGCUUACCGACUCGGAAGUUGGGCUUUUCAUCCUUAUGUUCCUCGAGGUCGGCCGGCGAUGGAUGUGGACUUUUCUUCGAGUUGAGACCGAAUGGAUCCGGAACAAGCACGGACCAGCUCCUAACGACAUCCUUCUUGGAGAAAUCAACGGCAAGCUGGACGAAGAUUAAAGAAACAACAAAGCCGAAUCGCAAUCUUACAUAGAUGACAUGACCCUCUCGUAUUCACUUGUAGCCAGAACUCAUUCGCCACGCCAUGCUCUUUUUCUUGCCACUUUCUCACCUAAUUGGAGCAGAAUUAUCUUUUUCUUCUUCUUCUUCUUCUUUCUUGUGUUCCCCGUCUCUUAGGAAC